AUGGCCCCCAAGCGUACUGCUGAAGUGCUGUCUCGCGUUCCUAAGCGCAAGAAGGCUGUGAUGUGCCUUACGGAGAAAAUACGCGUGUUAGAUAAGCUCCGUUCGGGCAUGAGUUACAGUGCCGUUGGCCGUGAGUUCAAUGUUAAUGAAUCAACAAUUCGGUACAUCAAGAAAAAGGAAAAGGAAAUUCGCCGGUCUGUACGUGAGGCCGCUCCAGAAAGCGCUAAGUUGACGUCCAUAGUGCGUGACGAAGCUAUGGAAAAGAUGGAAAAGCGGCUUAAUUUGUGGAUUCUUGAGAUGACGACCGACAAAAAAAGCAUAAUGGACAGCAUUGUUGUGAGACUGAAAGCCAAAGAGAUCUACUGUCACGUUACCCAGGGUCAGAGAAAUGUGAAGCCCUUCUCGGCGAGCGCCGGCUGGCUCGCGCGGUUCAAAAGGCGCUACGGUGUGAAAAAUGUUAAACUCGCAGGAGAGGCAAGUUCUGCGGAUCAGGAAGCUGCGGAAGAAUUUAAGAAAUACUUGCUAAGUGUUAUACAGGAAAAGGGUUAUGUGAAAGAGCAGGUUUUCAAUGCCGAUGAGACGGGCUUGUUUUAUAAGGAUGUUGGCAAACGAACCUAUAUAACACAAAUGGCCUCUAGAGCCCCUGGCUUUAAGUCCUUCCAAGACCAUGCAACCUUGCUAUUGUGCACCAAUGCCAAGGGUGACUUUAAGUGCAAACCCUUAAUGGUGUACAGAGCCCCAAAUCCACAAGCACUUAAAGGGAAAAAUGUGAACCACAUGCCAGUCCAUUGGAGGUGGAACAAAAAAGCGUGGAUGAUGUCUGAUUGGUUCCACAAUUGCUUCAUUCCAGAAGUUGAACAUUAUCUCCAGGGCAGAAACCUUGCUUUCAAGGUUUUAUUAAUUUUGGAGAAUGCCCCAGUCCACUGCCGUGAAGAAAUUGAAAACGCACAUCCCAACGUAGAAGUUCUUUUUAUGCCUCCAAACACUACAUCUCUCAUCCAACCCCUCGAUCAGGGUAUAAUAAAAGCUUUCAAGGCACAUUAUACGAGGGAGCUUUAUACAAAAGCUUGGGAGACACUCAAGGCCAACAAGGAAACCACCAUGAUGGAUUACUGGAGAUCAGUUACUAUACACAACGUUAUUGAUUAUGUUGGCACAGCCUGGGACAGCAUCAAGCCAGCUUCUAUCAAUAACUGUUGGAAAAAAGUUUGGCCAGACUGUGUGGAAAAUUUGGAAGGUUUUGAAGGUAUUACAGAAAAUAUAAAGAACAGUGUGAGAAACAUAAUGCACAUCGCGCAGCAAAUAAGCGGAGAAGGCUUUGAGGAUAUGAAGGAAGAAGAUGUGGAAGAAAUUUUGGCAGAGAAAGCAGUAGAACCCACCAAUGAAGACCUGGAUGAGAUGGCUAAACAAGGCACCGGAGUCAGCGAUGAUGAGGAUGGCAACGAGAGUCAGCCCAAGACUCCAAGAAUUGUCCCCCUCACAGCAGCCAAAAUAUCAGAAUGGAAUUCUGCCUUGGAAAAAAUUUUUAAUGACAUGGAAGAGUGUGACCCUAUGCUUGAUCGCAGCCUCAAAUUUAAGCGCCUUGCCUCCACUGCAUUUGCCCCAUAUACUGAGAUACUUAAAGAAAUAAGGCAGAGAGCCAAGCAGACAGAGCUGAUGGAAUUGUUCAAGCCAGAUGGGGAGGGACACCUGCCCACCCCUUCAACUAGUGCCAACAGUCAAACUCCUAAGGUAGAACUGCCAGAUGUCGACAUGCUAUUCUCCUCCUCUUCUGCAGAAUAA